GCAGCAGGUCUGCACCUACUUUUCUAGGAAUUCCCUCUACGAUUCUUUUUAUCAAAAACGUUUCGAAACGUUAAGUAUCACCGAGAAGAAGAGACAGAGGAAGGGGUAAAAUGAGCAAAAAUUCUUGCAGCCAAUCAGCGAUCCGAUCAAACGCGGUAACCUCUAAUGAUAAAACUAAGUGUAACCGUGGACACGGAGCAAGGCCUAUAUAAGCAACGUUGAAGUAACGAAUCCUAGUCUUAAUGUUGUGUUUUGGGGUGAAUGUAGCCAGUAGGCUCAAAGUAUAAAACAAACUGAAUGUCGAGCAAGUUGUACUAGCAAGAGAGGAAUAGCAACUAACGCCACCGAGUAUCACGUAUGUGUAUCUACCCUCUGUGUGAGCCUCUCGCGAGCAACCGCAUAAGAUGUCCGAUAUUCGAGACAUGAUAAAACUGGCCAGCUUGAUGGCCCUAGCUGACAGCGACGAUGAGGACGAGGAUGUAUUUGGAUCAAAUUUAAUGACGCCCAUCCAUAUGAUUGCCGCUAUAGACCGGAUGCAUCGUCAAAGAAAUUCAACUGACCAUCGCACGGCUGCCAGAUCCGGACGGUCGUACAAUGCGAGCGAACGGUGCUGCUGUAAUUGCCGCCACUCGAACGCUGGCAACAGCACCAAUGGACGACAAAUGGUUGUAUAUCAAACAGCUGACGAUGAUACUGACGAGCCGGGUUCGUCUGCCCACCGCCCUUCCAACCGCCAGCCCUCUAUACAGUAUGUACUAUCACCGAAUUCGACCGAUCGCCGUAUUAUGGUACCGUCAAACAAUGCGAUCCAACUGAUCAGCAGUGAUGGCAGAAUCGUCAACAGCAGCCCACAAGGAAUAAUAUUAGAAGAGAUACAUGAAAGAAAAGAAAAUAUUGGAUUCGGAUUCAGUUAUUCACCCUUUCUUGGUUUCGGGGUUAACUUGAAUUCAUCAAAUGAAGACAGAAAAAUGCGAAGAGUUCAUUAUUUGCCUUUAUAUGGCUUUGCGUUUGGGAACGUGUAAGAGCCAAACACUGGGUAAAAGAUGGCCAUUUCUAAUAAUGAAAAGGAUAAUGUUACAACAAUUCAAUGAUUGAGAUGUCGAGCCGCGUUUAAAUGAUAUCAACGGCCUUUUUGUAAGCAGAAUCAACACACAUGAAAAAAAAGCUCGUUCUUCUUUGCUGGAACCUUGAAUCAAACCACACUUGUGUGAGCGCAAUUUUCAUACCUGCAAAGUAUUUGUGUAUGGUUCGAUUAAGCCUUUGUAUUCGAAAUUGGCGUACAAAUAAAAGAAUAGACAGUCCCCUGCACAAAGUGGCCUUGGGUAAAUAACAGCAAAUCGGCUCGCGGCAAUCGCGGAUGGCAUUGCCAUGGCAUGGCACAUUGGUGGAUACGAUUCCCAUACCUGAUUGUAGAAAAAGAUCUGCUUAAGGAGGUUGAGUGGAGAAUGAUAUUGGAAUAGUCAAACAUGGAACGCAAAUAUGGAAACAAUUCCAGAAUUGGUUUGUGUACGAUACCAGUUCCAGAACUGGAAUGAGUUCAGAAUCAUCUCCGUGGCAUAAAUUAAGCAUCAAUUAUAGGAUCUGUAUAAGUUCCUGAUCAAUUCCAGGACAGAUUCGUAAUUGGUUUCAAAAAUGGUGUGAGUAUGGCAUCAGUUUCCGGUAUGGGUUUGGAAUUUUAGGAUCAAUGUAGGAUUGAUAUAGGAACUGCUUUAAUACCGGUAAUGUUAAAGAACCAGACUCUCUUCAUGUGCCCCAAGGAUGUGUUGGGCUUCUGGGUAGUCCGUUAUAUAAAAAUAAACCUUUAUCCACACUUAGGAUUUUGUUAGGGCUCAACCUUUUGGCUCGGUAGAUCGCCGCCGCUGACACUCGAUGGUAAUGGGUCGAAAUAAGAAAUUUCGUACACGUAAAAGGAUACCUGCUGAACGUUA